UUACGAGCUAGUUCAGAUAGACACACCUGACAUAGUCUCCCCUCUGUAACAUAUAUCGAACGCACCCUUUGAAAUGGGGCGGUUUAUUUAAAUCGUCACGCUCACUUGUUCGCUCGUGCUGCUGCGCUCUGCAAGCAGAGUGGUCACCUGCUCCCUCAGCUGCUGUCCAUGCGACGUUUCAGAAACUAGCUCGAAAAGUUUGAUUAUGUGACUUCAAGACGACUUUGGAAGAAAUAACUAUGUUUUUGGCACAGCCCCGCUCCCGCUGCUGCUCUAAUUGUCCCGUGACUGUGUUUGUGUAUCACUUUUUGGACUAGAAUUGCGCACUGAAGGGCGGAGUUUUGCUGUCCCAAAUGUGGUGCUCGAAGGCGACAUUCUCCGUUGAGGAGCCAUUGCGUCACUUCAGCAAGUCCGAUGCUUGACGCUGCCGGAGACAGAUCACAGUCCUCUCUUCUGCUCCUCGUCGGGAAUCACACACUCUUCUCCACCAGAUAAGGACAAAGUAAACCAAAAAAACAUCAAGGAAAAUGCAAGAGGAUAAAGAAGCAGAUAAAAGAAUAAAUUAAGAGGAGAAGUGACUAAGUGGAGGCAGGACAAGUAAAGGAAAAAAAGCGGUAGAAACCUCCCUGAAGGAGUGAGGAGAUUUCUAAAAAUACAACCCAGCUUAUUCCCUGCAUUCUCAACCCUCUCUCUCUCUCCCUUCUUUUUUGCUAUGUCCCCUACUUCAUUCAGUACCUGUUCUGUGGGAUUAACAUGACUUAAAAUUCAAUCAGCCUACAGCCUGACGGAAGAGUGACAGAGGAGGCAGACAGAGCGCUGCAGCUGUCGAGACCGAGCGAGGGGACGACUAGCGGGAGGAGAGAGAGAGGGGGAUAGACAGUGAGAGAUAGAGACAGAGAGGAGAGAGAGGAGAGAGAGAGAUGGGUGUUUUUCCACGGAGCUGAGACACAGAGACCGCUGCAGAGACAGAGAGAUGUGACGGUUAUAGGAGUCACGGUGGAAUGAUCUGGAAAACAAGGUUUCUAGCCAUCCCUCCAUCUCUCCAGCUUACUCCCAAACCUCCUUUUCUGCACCUCCCUCCAAGGUCAUCAAUGAACAACUAACUCAAUGUGGGAGAACAAACACGGAUCAUGCUGUGUAGAUUGUAGAGGGGCCCUGUGACACACCCUGGAUAUCACUCUGGGAGGUGAGGGAUGAGAGAAAGAGGAGGGGGAAAAACUGAAUGUGUGAAAGAAGGAAGCAAUAGGAGAAAGCCAGAGAGCCAGAUGAAAAAAUAAGAAGAGAGGUGACUAGGCUGUAUGAGUGAGGGGGGAGGGAAAAAAAGGAGAGAGGGAGUGAGAGAAGGUGGGGAGGGAGGAGGAGAGGUGAAGAUCGUCGCCAACUCCAGGAUUCAUAUUCUCCGUCAAUUGAACUGCUCCAGAUAUAGAGAGAAGUUGAAUACAGCCAUGAGGAAAUCAUAUCAAAACGCCAUAAAUAGGAUUUCAAGCAAAGUGGAUUCGUGGAUUUUUUCUCAAACUGAGGUCUCUAUUUCGGAAUACCAUGCCGGGAUUGAGCGAGUAAUUCUGGAUUUUCCAGGUUUUCUUCAUCUAUAGAAGCCUAAGAGGAUAUUGUGGGAUUGGAAUUUCUGCAACUCUUCUGACACUGACCUACAUCCGCCUCCUUUUGAUGUGUGUGGGGGCGUGUGUGUGUGAAGGGGAGUAGGACAGGUUUCAGCGCAAACACACAACCCUCUCCCCCUACUGGCCCAACACAAGGAGGAACACCUGGGGAGAGAUCUGUGCUAAACACUCACACAAAUACACACACACACACAUAUAAACCUGGAUAACAUGUGGAGCUGAUUCGGAUUAUAGAGCCGCACAGACGGAAAAGGUCUGUGGAUCGCCAGGCGUUCUACCAUGCCUGUCCCCCCACCCCUCAAUCCCCGCAGACAAAAACACCUGCCCCACACACACCUCCACCCUGAACAAAGGGCAAAAAGUUCCACCUUCCCCUCCCUCAACCAUCCAUCCAUCCUCUCUCUCUCUCUUCUCCCCCCUCUCCUUGUCUCAUCUUUGCCCUCCUCAUCCCAUCUUGUCCACUGCGCCUGCCCCAGGGCUGCAAAAAGAACCCUUACCGACUCAGUCCCUUUCCCAGCGUUUCACUGGCUGACUCUGGUCACAUGCUGCCUGCUGCCUUCUCUGAUUGGAGCAGGGGAGACGUGGGGCGUGGUCUCGGCCUGUCCCUUCCACUGUGUGUGUCGAAACCUUUCAGAAUCACUCAGCACGCUCUGCGCCGACAAGGGCCUCCUGUUUGUCCCCCCGCACGUUGACCGUCGCACCGUCGAGCUGCGACUGGCUGACAACUUCAUCACGGAAGUGGGCGGGAGUGACUUUGUCAACAUGACCGGAUUGGUUGAUUUGACUCUGUCAAGGAAUACCAUCCACCUGAUCCGACCAAUGGCCUUUGCUGACCUGGAGAGUCUGCGCUCGCUGCAUCUGGAUGGUAAUCGUUUGACAAUACUUGGACCCAGGGACCUCGCAGGUUUGGUCAAUCUGCAACACCUGAUCAUCAACAACAACCAGCUGGUCAAAGUCUCUUCCCAGGCCUUUGACGACUUCUUGCUCACACUGGAAGACCUUGACCUGUCCUACAAUAACCUCAGGAGGGUACCAUGGGAAUCCAUUCAGAACAUGGCCAGUCUGCACACGCUCAACCUGGACCAUAACCUGAUAGACCACAUAGCGGAAGGAGUCUUUGGAGAGCUGUAUAAGCUUGCACGACUGGAUAUGACCUCCAACAGGCUCCGAACCCUGCCUCCUGAUCCCCUCUUUGCAAGGUCCCAGACAGGUGCAAUAAGUCCCACCCCCUACAAUGCUGUCAUAAGCUUAAAUUUUGGUGGGAACCCGCUGCACUGCAAUUGUGAACUGCUAUGGUUACGGCGUCUUAUCCGUGGAGACGAUAUGGAGACGUGUGCCACACCUGCUCACCUGGCUGGAAGAUAUUUCUGGUCGAUUCCUGAGGAGGAGUUUACUUGUGAACCACCUCUUAUCACCCGUCACACUCACAACCUGUGGGUGCUGGAGGGCCAGCGAGCCACGCUGAAAUGCCGUGCCAUUGGCGACCCUGAGCCAGUAGUCCACUGGGUUUCACCAGAUGACCGCAUCAUUGCAAAUUCAUCCCGGACCAGCUCCUUCAGCAAUGGGACCUUGGAUAUCUUAGUAACAGUUGCCCGGGAUGACGGGGCAUACACAUGUAUCGCAAUAAACGCAGCGGGUGAGGCGACUGCCACUGUGGACCUGAAAAUAAUCCCCCUGCCUCACCGGGGCGGAGCAGGCGGAAACACAGGGAAUAACAAUGUGAACACCAAAAACAACAGGAACGUGACCAAUGGGAUUUUACGGACUGAUCCAGGCUCCUCGGAUAUCAGCACAGGGAAAAACGGAGGGAUUAACAACGGCGCAGGACGUGGAGGAGAGGUGGAUGAUGGGAGAAGAGGUGGAAGUGAGGAUGAUGAGGGUGACAGGGCCUCCGAAGGGGAGAGGGUCGAUGGAGGGAGCAUGGAGGACGACGAGGGGGACGACGAGGAAGGAAGGAUGGUUGGAGUACAAGGGGUUACGUCAACCUCAGCUCAGGUCCGAUGGGAUUUGGGGCGUUUGCCUGCAGCUUACGUUGUCUGGAUGUAUCAGAUACAGUACAACUGCACCGCUGACGAGACCCUCAUCUACAGAAUUCUACCAUCGACCAGUGACCAUUUCCUGUUGAAGAACUUGGUUUCUGGUGUGGACUACAACCUGUGUGUGUUGGCCAUUUUUGAUGACACAAUCACAUCAUUAGCGGCAACAAAAGUCCUGGGCUGUGCCACGUUCUCCACCAAGGAUGUUUACCCAGCAUGCCGCUCUCUUCAAGCCCAUUUCCUAGGCGGGACACUCACCAUAUUGGUUGGCGGUGUUGUUGUUGUCACCCUACUCGUGUUCACUGUGGCUCUUAUGGUUCGCCACCGUGUCUGCAAUCAUGGCGACCACAUAAUAUGUCACAACAGCAACACUGAGGCAGGAGGCGGGGCCUGCUGUCAGGGAGGAGGCAUAGGGAGUGCGGACAAAGGGGGAAACGGUAGUGGGUGCUACCAAUCAAAUGGUUCCGGGGACAUGAUGAUGGUGGUCCUGCCCAAUGGUCUGCCUUCCAAGAGAGGAGGGGAGAAGGAGAAAGACAAGGAAAAGGAAAAGGAAGCGACUGAUUCUGCUUCCUCUCUGCCUCCAAAACUCCCUCCAAAGCCCAGGCCCAAGCCUAAAGUCAACCUGGAGCAGUUUCUUUCAGCUGGAGGGGUAGUUUCCACAACGACAGGGGCAGAAGGUGAGAUGGCAUUGGUGGUGAGGCAAAGGAAGCUGGAGAAGGUGCCGCCAUACACCCUUGAAAGUGACAGAACUCCCCUCUAUUACUCCCCUUCCCCUCCAUCCACCCUGCCCCGUCAGUCACGCUCCAGGGACCGCCCAAAACCCCGUCUGGAGCGAGAACUGACCAAUCGUGCCAGUUUCUCUCUGGCUGCACCCCUGAGAGACUCAGAGCUGCUGGACUGGAGAAUCACUCCCCGAGGCAGGGACAAAUGGAACUCCUCACAGGCUUAUCAAAGCCCUCUAUCCCCUCUAAGCCCGGCUUCUGGGACCGUUAGCAAACGGCGGCACUCGCUGGAUAUGGGCUCCUCUGUCGCCCUAGCGACUGAUGCUGCGGCGACUGUUGCCAAGCGCUAUGGUGCUGUCAGUUACGCCAAGCGGCUGAGUGUGAUCUGGACGAGGCGGAGCCAGUCGCUUCAUGGAAUGCUGGUGCAGUGCGCCUCGACGACAAGCACAACAUCUUCAACAACCAGCGACGAGGCUGAAAGUGCAGGGGGCUUUGGGUCACGCUGCGAGUUCCAACGGGGAUAUAUCCACGCUUAUAACACCACCAACUCCAACUCUAACACUGGGAUCACUACAGGGAAAACAAGCUGCGUACAAGACAGGGGGAGGGAAAAAGGAAAGGAUGGAAGGAGCGCCGAAGAACUGGAGGAAAGUGUUGUGUAGCGGGGCUGUGAGAGGACAGUUUGAAUGGAAUCUUGAUUUGAGGAGGGCAAAGAGGUGGAGUCAGGGGAGAAAUUGAGAGUGCAGGAAAGCAAAGAUGAAGUGAUUGCAGAUGAGGAAGGGAAGGUUGAGAGUUCAGAGGAAGGGAGGAGAGUAAAAUUGAGUUCAGUCUCACUUGUGCAGCUCCCUGAUUUGCCCUGGGAAAAGUCAAGAAAAAUGGAGAGGAGAGGGGAAAGUGUACCUGGAAGUGAGGUGAAGAUUUUUAAGAGGCUCUUUAUAGUUGACCUGAAGAGUGCUGAGUAAAUAUUCAAGGCUGAGCUCAAGCUCAAUUCAAGAUAGAAAAGAAAAUAGUAACAAAAACAAAACUCAGAAAAAUCAAGACAAAGAGAGUGACAGUUGUAAGAAUGGACAAUGUGAGUGAUAUAUAUAGUCACAGAGGGAGAGACGUAAUGAAACAAACAUCAAUAGAGCAACAGAACAAAGAAUAUACAGCAGAAACAAAAUUGGUGUGAGCUCAGCGUGGAUCUCAGUAAAGCCUAUACACUAAUAGAACCAGACUCUUGUGAACACUUCAACUCCAGGGCCUCAGCCCCCACAAGGGUUUACACUGGAUCAAAAACAACAACACAACCGGUAAUACUGGAGAAAAAUGACAAAAUACUACAGUAAAAAAAGAUUUGGAUGACAUAGUCCUGCUUUGUUAUCUUGUUCUUUGACUCCAACACUGAUGGCCAUUUUGAAACUCUUUUCCAAAAUCCACUGAAUGUGACUUAUGUGUCCUCUGUGGCUGGACAAUGAUUUUGGCUUGCCGUGCCUGCGGAUUAUGGGCGCAUAAAUACAGAGCCGGGUGCACUGGACAUGAUCAAUCAAUGCAGGCUGGAAAGAGCGAGUGGAGCACAGACAUUAUUAAAAGAAAGACAUUGGGAUUACAAUGGAGUCGAUAUGGAUUACAAAAUGGAGGAGACAAGGGUGUAUGAUGAAACGUGCAAGUUUGCAUUUCUGAAAGACAAGAUCAUAUUGGAUGUAGGAUGAUAAUGGACCAAAUGAACAAAUGAAUAAUGCUGAUGAAUGCAUAAGUGUGCAUGCAUUGAUGGAUCAGGGACAGGAUGUGUAUACGUGUGCCUGUAUGUAUUUGUGUGUGCACAUGUAUAUGAAUGUGGGGGCAAUCCAGUCAACCAGACUCCAUUUGUGUUAAAUAAGGUUCAGCGCUUUCUGGAAAUGCAGUAAACAGAAUAAAUCUAAAAAUUUAAGAUUAGUAGUGGACUUAAGGUCCACCUGAAUUGAAGUAAGAGCAAAAUGUUUAAAGAGAAAUGAGAAUAAAUCACUAUUUCUAUGGUCAGAAAGCUGCAAAUCCUUAAGGGGGAAUCAAAAUUUAAAAUACAUUUUUUGUGACUUCAAACUCCUUUGUGCCACAUGGAUUCACAUUACAUCACAUCAGUGAAUGUUUUCAGAAUGGAAGCAGUUAAAAAAAAUGACCACUAUGGAAGCUACUGACAAUAUAAACUCUUCACUGGAAGACUUUGUAAAACUUAUGAUGGGUCGACUGAUCCACUGGCACAAACCACAGACUCUUAAAAACUUCUAUCAAAGAGAAAAAAAUGAAGGGAAAACUUGAAAGUACAUAUAUAUAGUAUAUAUAUAAAAUGAUGUUACUUGUCGCACCAUGUGUUUCUGUUUUUCAAAGUUUUCUGGGGAAUGAUGUUAGGAUCAAAUACAAAAUAUAAAAUGUGUGAUUUUUUGUUUUAGACAGAAAAUCUUCAAGAUUAGAACAGAAAAAUGUUGAUUAUAUAAUCAUAGGCAGAAAAAUAAAGAUCAAAACAGAUAUUGAAGAAGCACACAAGACAAAACACACAAACUGGCAAGCACACACAGACAGAUGCCUAUAAAACAGAGCCAAUGACAUAAGAAUAAUCACUUUUAACCAUUACUGUUGUUUCCUUUCUGUUUUUAUUUCAUUUUGCCAAAGUCAAUAUUGUUCUCUGGACUUGAUAUAAAUAAUAAAAAUUACAUGUAUGGAA